AUGAAUACCGCAGCCGUCGCUGGCGGAUACUGGACCUUUGAAAACUACGGCCCCAUAACAACAACAUUCACCCCCGCGCCCAGCUGUACCGCGACAGAUAGACUCUCCCUAGCCCUGAUCGAUGACCAUGAGACCCAUGUCCAAUUCCAAGUCGCCUGUCCUACACCAACGAGCGACUGGGACUGUAUGCCGCCGGGCACGACCACGUCGGCAACUUGGUACGAUGAGAAAAAAUGGGUCGCUUCUGCCGGAUACUACUCGCCGGGAUUGUACUGUCCUUCCGGCUGGGAGACGAUUGGUAUGGCUGCGCGCGAUGGUGAGUCACUGAGUACUUCGGGAUUCUUGACUACCUCUGAGGAUAAGAUUCCGUCUUAUGAGGAGCCUGUGACACUAUUGGCGAGUUUGUUGGAGCCGAGUCAGACGAUAGCGCUUUGCUGUCCCAGCUCCAUGACGCCAAAUGGUCUCGGCCAAUGUAUCGCUCAAGUCCCAACCUACAAGCCCAGCGUCGGUUGCGAGGUCUACGUGGAUAGUGAUUACAGUUGGGAGAAGGUAACCUGGACACAUGUGUAUUCCGACAUCACGAAGACAGACACCUACGAUGUGCACUCAUUUGUGAGCGCUACUACGUCGACUUCGUCUACAUCCUUUCCUCGUGGAGCCGAGAGUGUGCUGACGGCUAUCUCUUUUGUUCCUAUGAUUACUAUGGUGCAUCAUCGGUCUGAUCUGGAGGCAGCUGGGGUUACGGUUGCGUCUACCAGUGCCAAAUCUACGGGGACUGAGGUUGGAACUGGCACCGCUAGCUCCGAGGCUACGGGGACUGCUUCUUCUACGUCGAAUGCCGCGUAUAGAUUCGGCAACAGAGCGCCUACCUUGGAUGGAUUUGGUGCGAUUAUGGGGGGUUUUACCCUUGCGGUGGCACUGUGCGUGACUAUGAUUAUCCUGUAA